AUGGCUGCUGCUGCCUCCGACGUAUUAAUUACUGAGGAUAUUCUAACUGAGAUUAGAGAAGAAUUUUUGUAUUGUGCUAUUUGUUUAGAGCGAUAUUCAGAACCAAAGAUACUACCAUGCCAUCAUACAUUCUGCAAGAAAUGCCUUGUACAACUCACUGAGAAGCAAGCACAGAUGUUAUUGAUUUGCCCAACAUGUAGCAAACCAAUAAAAGAACCCAUCAGCAACCUUCAGUCUAAUUUUUUCAUGAACUCACUUCUCGACAAAGUGUCCUCGAAGGUGGAGACUGUAACACCCACGGUGUGUGAUCUCUGUGAAGAAAAUGAAGUCUCUUUCACUUGCAUUGAAUGCAAAGAGUAUCUCUGUAAAUUCUGCUCUAAAGCCCAUCAAAGGUCGAAAUCAACAGCGUCUCAUCAUGUGUUACCAAUUGAUGAAUAUAAAACAGCUAAAGAGAAGCUGUUUUCUUUACAACCAGUAGAGUACUGCAGUGACCAUAAAGAAAACCAGUUGAAAUUCUACUGUGAUACUUGCAAGACACCUAUUUGUAUGGAGUGUACAAUCAUAGAUCAUAGAGUUCCUGAACACCAACACAGAUAUAUUAAAGAUGCGGCACAAGAGUAUGCUGAAGAAUUGAAAGAGAUGAUCGAGAGGUUAAAAGUGAAAGCAGACGAAGUUGAGACAAGUAAAAUAUCAGCAAAGACAGCUUCUGAGAAGUUAAACACAUGUUUUGCAGAAGAAGAAGCAAAAAUAAACACGAAAACUGAUGAAAUCCUUGCUGAUCUGAGGAAAAAGAUGGACAAAACUGAGGUUGAAAAGUUGCGACUGAUCGAUGAGUUGAAGAUGGAGUGCUCGGCUAGAGUGAAACAUAUGGAAAUUAAGGUUGAUGAUCUGGAGAUGAAACUUGGGAACAUAGUCAGCACUUUGAGUUACUUAGACACACUGAUGCAUCAUGGGAGUCCUGGUCACAUUGAGAAUAUCCCGCAACAACUGAUCAAAGGUGACACUGCUAAUUUAGUUGUAACAACAAGAGAUUACCAAAGACAAAAAGUCGUUUCAAGCCAGGUGGUUGAAGCUAGCGUUACAAAGCCAGAUGGUUCAUGUGAAGAUAUCAAAGUACAGGAUAACAAUGAUGGAACACACACAGUGAUAGUACAUGGAGAAAUAGAUGGGAAAUAUAAAGUGUCAGUAACAAUAGACAAUCAACCAAUACCAGGAACACCUACAGAGUUCCACGUUAUAAAGGGAUUAGUGAAUACCAUUGGUAAAGAAGGCAGUGAGGUUGGGUGUUAUUCACUUCCUCGUAACAUAGCAAUACAUAAGAAUGGCGAUAUUGUUACAGCUGAUAAGGGCCAUGCCAGACUAGUUGUCACAGACAGGUAUGGAGGCUAUAAGAAUACUAUAAACAUUGAACAAUAUAAUCCACGCAGUGUUUGCAUAUUUAAUGACAAAUACUUAGUUACAGACUUUAUUAAAAAACAAGUUGUUAUUAGUGAUAUGAAUGGUAAAGUAAUUAAAGUAUUCAGUGAAAACAUGAAGAAUCCUGCGUACAUUGCUGUCAGAUCUAUUGAUGACAUGAUAUUUGUAUCUGACUGGGAUUUAAAACCUCAUCAAAAUACAGAUAAAGAUGGUCACUGGAUAAGAACAUACACAUCAGAUGGAUAUCAUGUCAAAUCAUUUGGAGGAUAUGGAACUAAUCCAGGACAAUUUAAAGGAAUAUAUUCUAUGGCGUUUGACAAUCAAGGAAUGUUGUUUGUAUCUGACUAUGGCAAUAACCGCAUACAAGUCUUCAAUACAGAUAAUAAGUAUAUGUAUUCAUUCAAUUGUCAAGGUCAAGGUGAUGGUCAGAUUUACAAACCACGUGGCAUAGCUACUGAUAAAAAUGGAUAUGUGUAUGUAUGUAAUAAUAAUAAUAAGGUUCAGAAGUUUGAUAGGAGUGGUCAUUUCAUCUGUCGUAUUGAUAAGGACACUGAUGGAUUGAAUGUACCACACGAUAUAGCAGUCACUGAUGACAUGCCUUAUAGAGUGGUUGUAGUGGAUAAAAAUAACAAAUGUCUUCGGAUCUUUGCACAAUAA